AUGCCCUUGAUGGGUCUUCUCAAGGUCAGUGAAAGUGCAUUCAGAAAUUAUCAGAUACAUGGCAAACAUCGGCAAAUUAAUGGAUUAGUAUUAAUUGAAAGACUCAAUGAAAAGUAUGGUAAUUGUAUUAAUAAAUCUGAAUUACAAAUGAAUUUUGCAGAAGCGUAUUGGGCGAAUGGUAAUUUGCAUAGUAUGUUUAAAAUUUUUGAGACAUUCUACCCUGUGGAGACCACAAAAGUAAAUUAUGUAUUAGACCCUAUUGUUCAUACUAUAGUAAAAUCACAUGGUGUUGCAUCAGUAGUUAUGGUUUCAAAUUUUGUCAACUCGAUAGUUGUCAGAUAUGGGGAUUAUCAUCCAAUGUGCAUCCUAUGGAAGUAUUUAUUUUUAAGUGAACUAUUUAAUGACAACCUAGAAGCAGAAAAAUUAUUAAGUCAAAAUACUAAUCUAAUAGAAAAUAUACAAUACCUUACACCAUCCCUUACAAGAAAAAUGUUAAAAACUCAUAAAGUUGAAUGUGUUCAAAGGAUAAUGAUAAUUUUAUUAAAACAUAAACGUAUGGAACCUUAUCAAUGGAUUUUAAGGUCCCUGUUUGAGUAUUAUUACACAUUAGGAAAUGUUCGCCAAUGCAAAGAAAUUAUGAAACACUCUAUUGAACUCAAUGUACCAUUACCACAAGCACAGCAAUCACGUUUAAUUCACAUGGUGCUCAACAAUAAACAUCAACAAAAAAUCAACAAGGAAGUGACUGCAAUUAUAUUUAAACUCAUGUUUUAA